AGUCCAAGACAAAAUAGUAUGUAUGAAGACAUAUUACUUUGGACUACCUAACUACUUAUUAAUAGUCAUUUCCCAACACAUUCGCCUCCUCGUUCACGUUCAACCUACACAUUAGAAAAGAAACAUGCAGGGCUGAGUACUUGAUAUACUCAGUGAGCAUGUUGGAACGAGGAAAUUAAAUAAUUGGUGAAUAAGAAGGCAAUGAAUGAAAUUAUGGCAAGAAUAUUGAAGGAAAUCAAUUAAAGAUUAUGAAAAAUCAAAUAAAAGGAUAUUAGUAUAAUUAGAAUAUAUUUUCCAUGUAUAGCUUGAAAUAGAGUCUAUAAAUAGUUGUGUAACUAUUGAGAGAAAUAAUUCAAGUCAUUCACAAUGUAGUCUUUGAAGUUCUCCCCGUCUUUUACUUUCUGCAAUAGUCUUUUAUUUUCCGCAUUAUAUUUUCUAACAUGGUAUCAGAGCAGCUAACGUUCCUUCGUUAGUUUGUUCAAAAAAAAACAAAAAAAACCCUCAUCAUCGUCCCUUUCCCAAAACUAGCCAAAACAACCACCAAAUUACCCCGCCGCAGCGCCGCCAUAUGAGCAACCAGAACACACGGCGGAAGAAGCAGAAACAGACGCCUGAGUCGCAGUUCCGGUGUACACUGGAUCAGUGUUCCAAAUCGAAGGACCUCUCCGCCGCCAUCACUCUCUACGAAUCCUCCUCAAAUCCAACCCUCACUCUCAACAAUCUCAAUUCCUUGCUAUACAUCUGCUCCGAAGCCUUUUCCAAUUCAAAUACCCGACAAUCCGCAAUUGAAUUCGGAUUCAAGCUGUUCCGCAACCACAGCAAUGAAAACCUCAAGCAAAACGAGGCGACGCUCACAGCCGUGGCUCGGUUGGCGGCGGCGAACGGAGACUACGCGUUCGACCUCGCGAAAAGCGUGAUGAAACAAUGUGUAGCGCCGAAGCUUAGGACUUUCACGCCGGCAUUGAAUUGCUUUUGCGGCGCCGGAGCGGCGGAUAGGGCUUAUGAAGUGGAGGAGCGUGUGGUAUCGGCGGGGCCUCAGAUUGAACGUGCCCUGCCUGCCAUGAACAGUUAGUUUGCAUUGAUACCAAUAGAGCAGAGACUGACAAGCUUGCUCAAUCAAUUGCUUCUUUAGCCAUUGAAAGAGAACAUCAGCCAAAUUUUAAGGAGUUCAAGGAGUGGCUGGAGCAACAUUCUGAAUAUGAAACCCUGGUAGACGGAGCAAAUAUUGGGCUAUACUAGCAAAACUUUGCACAUAUGGUGGCUUUAGUAUUACGCAGCUUGAUGCCGUUGUGAAAGAAGUUUAUAGAAAGACACAACAACAGCCACUUGUUGUGUUGCAUAGAAAACGUGUGCUCUCACUACUCGAGAAUGCCGAUGAACAGGCAGGUAAUUGGAGUUGGAAAGAAGGUGAAAUCAAAGAGGCCAGAUCGGCCCUGUUGGAGAAGGGAAAGGUGGCUGCAUGCCCGACACCUCUCCUCGAUCAAGUUAAGAAAAGAAAGAAGAAGUUCACGGUUUGUCCGGCCGAGGAGGAGAGGAAGAAUGCGACCGAACAACUCCUCUCCAAAUCUAUAAUGGCCGUGAAGGCCAAAGAUGAUGGAUAAUGAGAGGGCGAGUAAGCUGCAAAGGCGCAACCCACAUGUCGGUGGAGCCAGGAAAGCUAAGAAAGAAAAUAAAUGAAAAUAAUGGACUCAUAGUUUGAGUUUGGAAUGGGCCGAUAAUGGUCUAAGAUGGCUCAUCGCCAAGAGUCAAAACUGUCUGAAUUGGCUCCUAGACAAGAGCAAAAACUGUCUAGAUUAGCUCCUCGACAAGAGUCAAAACUGUCUGAUUUAGCUCCUCGACAUGAGUCAAAACUGUCAGAACUAGCUCCUCGACAAGAGUCAAAACUGUCAGAAUUAGCUCCUCGACAAGAGUCAAAACUGUUAGAAUUAGCUCCUAGAUACGAGCUAAAAAUGUCUGAUGGCUCCUUGAUAUGAGUUAAAACUGUCUAAGAUGGCUCCUAGAUACGAGCUAAAACUAUCUAAGUUGACUCCUUGAUAUGAGUUAAAACUAUCUAAGAUGGCUCCUAGAUACGAGCAAAAACUAUCUAAGAUAGCUCCUAAAUAUGAGUAAAAACUGUUUAGACAAGCUCCUGGACACGAGUUAAAACUGUC